AUGGAUGCUCUGGUAAUGGAUUCACCGGUGGCAUUGGACGUUAUACGAUCUGAAAGCAUGUGUGCAGUGAACGCUAACGGCCAAAAUGGGACCGGGAACCGCGAACCCGAGCGCAUUUUCUCACAGCUUCAUAUGCUGGGCCUGAGAGUUGGAGAAAGGGAUGCGCGCACCUUGGAUUUAGCAGGCGAGCCCACAGCAGCUCAGCAGCAGCGUGCGGCCCCCCGCUGCAUGCCCUGCAGCUGGCAACGCUUCCUGGACUGCGCCCUUCUCGCACAGGGCGGAGGCACACUGUUCAACUGGACAUCCGACGGCAUCAAGGAGUUCUUCGUGCGAGACAGCUGCAAGGAGUGUGCCAAAGUCUACGACUGGGUGAAGCAGUUUAAGCGGAAUAACGCCGAGAUCUUGCAGGUCUGCAAGAAGCUGUCUGAGCUUCACAUGAUCAAGAUCGAGAAGAAGACCGUGCACCGCGACGAUGAGUUCCGCGACGUCCAGGAGAGACGCCGACUCGAAGUAAAGGAAGAAUUCAGCCAGGCCUUUCAGAAGAUUACGAACCUCAUGCUGAACUCCUACACCUUCUUCGAGAGCCAUCCCCACGACAUCCAGCGUGAGUGGAAGAUCUACAUCGACAAGGUCGACAAGAAAAUCGAGGAGGCCUUGAAGAAGGCUGUCAAGACGAGCUUGCAGGAUCUGUGCAAGGCUCUGAACGGCGACUCGAAGACAGAGCCCUCGCCACUCUUCAAGAUCCAGGCGGUCUUGGACGAAGUCAAGAUGGACUUCAAGCCACCGAUGGCUCAGCUGAAGGACUUGCUGCAGAUGGUCUGCCGAGACAUGACGAUGACGCUGUCCGUGGUUCCCAGGCUCGCAGAGCACCUCUAUGCCGUCAAGGUCGAGCGCGAUCGGGUGAAGAAGCAGCAGCUUGAAGAAGCCGGUGACCUCGCGGGUGCCAACGCCAUACCACCGCCAGGCGAGCCCCCAAAGAAGAAGAAGGGCUUCUUCGAGGAAAUCUCCAAGGAUGAGGAUUGCUGUAUCAAGUACGUCAAGGAGGUGCUGCGCGGCUUCAACCACUGCGCCAUGCGCCUGGGCGAGCGCUUAAAGUUCUGGAACAGCUCCUACCAGCCCAUCGUGUCGCAGGACAAGGACACCUUCAUCCGGCGGUACAAGAAGACCGAACGCUCCUUGACCAUCGUGGGUCAAGACAUUCAGCGGUACAAAGAUGUCCAGACAGACAUCCAGCAGGAAGAGCCCAAGGUGGUCAUCGACUUUAUCGAGACCGACUUCCAACCGCUCAAGAAUGCGUUGGUCGACCACUGCCAGCAGUGGCAGAAGAAGCUCACCGACCUCCUGAACGAGAACGCACGCACAGAGAUGAACAGGCUUCUGGAGUACUUCGACACGAACACGAAGAUCUUUCACUCUGAGAUCCCUGAUAUGGAUCAGCUCAAGACGCGCAUCGCCCUCCUUGAGCAGUGCCGCAAGGACGACUCCGACAUGGAGAGCAAGAUCAAGCCCAUUGAGGACAAGUACGCGAAGCUUGGCGAGUUCGAAGUCGUCCCAUCCGACGAGGAGCUUUCGCGCAAGGCGCAGAUGCGACCUGCCAUGGAAACCUUCCGCGAGACGCUGGUGGAGGCUGAGAUGCGCAUCAGCAAGGCCAAGAAGCUGAUGAAAGCCGGCCUGGAGCAAGAUCUGGGCAGCUUCGGCCAGGGCAUCCGCGACGUGAAGACCGACUUCAGCCGACACGCGCCCUACAAGAGCGACGGUCUGACGCCGGACGCGGCCUUCGGCAUGCUCCAGAACUACCGCAACCAGCUGGAGAACAAGAGGAAGCUGGAAGCCGAGUUCCGCCCCAAGCAGGAGCUGUUUGGAAUCGAGCCCGCGAACUACAAGGAGCUCGAUUGGGUGGAGCAGGAGAUCGAGAAGCUGACGAUGGUCUGGGAGAUCCGCGACGAGUGGAACAAAGAGUGGGAGAAGCUGCGCACCGGCUCCUUCCAGUCAUUGAACACGGACGACAUGGAUGAGCUGGCAAUGCAGUUCUUGGGCCGAAACCGCAAGGUGAUUGGCAAGGACAAGAACGUCCAAAACUGGCAAGUUUAUCAGGACCUCAAGUCCGACUUGGACACUUUCCGCAACAUGAUGCCGGUGAUCCAGAACUUGCGCGCGGACGCCAUGCGCGAGCGGCACAUUGAGGCGGUGGUGAAGGAGGUGAAGGAGUCCUUCAAUCCGAAAGAUCCCGGCUUCACGCUCCAAAGGGUCGUCGACCUGGGCCUGCAGAACCACUCGGACCUCAUCGCCAGGCUUUGCGAUGACGCCAAGAAGGAGGCCAAGAUCGAAAAUGGUUUGGAAGACAUUGCCAGGAUUUGGGCCACCAUGACGAUCGACGUCGUGGAGCACAAGGGUGAUGCGUUCAAAGUGCGAAGCACUGAGGAGCUCUAUCAGGCUUUGGAUGAGAACAUCCAGGCUUUGUCGUCGUACAAGAGUUCGCCAUUCUACCUGCCCUUCGCGGCCAAGGUCGAGCAUUGGGAGAAGACCUUGGCCAACAUCUCGGAGGUCACGGAAGCCAUCCAGUCUGUGCAAAAGUCCUGGAUGUACCUGGAGAACGUCUUUCGGGGCUCGGAGGAUAUUCGCCCGCACCUUCCGGACGAGUCCAUCAUGUUCGAUGAGGUCAACGAAGGCUUCAUCAACAUGAUGAGGAAGGUCUACCAGGAGCCUCUGGCGACCAAGGCCUGCUCACAGCCGAAGAUGUUGGAGAACCUGCAGACUUUCGAAGCUUCUUUGGAAAACAUCCAGAAGAAGCUCAACGACUACCUGGAGAAGAAACGUCAGUUCUUCCCGCGAUUCUACUUCAUCUCCAACGAUGACCUUCUGGAGAUCCUCGGACAGGCGAGGGACCCAGAGCAGGUGCAGAAGCACAUCAAGAAGUGCUUCGAAGGUGUGAAAUCCCUUGAGCUCCAGCCGCCUUCACAGAAUCGCCGGUGGGAGGCGGUGGGCUUGAACGCCCCGGAUGGCGAACGUGAGAAGAUGGUGGCGCCCGUAAAGCUCGAAGGGCCCGUAGAAGUGUGGUUGGGCUUGGUCGAGAAGCGCAUGUUCGAGUCCCUGAAAGCCCACCUAGUGAAGUGCCACAACAUGAAUAUCAAUCCCAAGGCGAUGAAGAAGGAGAAAUGGGUCAAAGAGUUUUUGGGACAGCUCCUGAUUACUUCGGGACAGAUCGCGUGGACCACGGACUGCGCGGCCGCCCUCGUGAAGGUGGAGAAAGGGCAGAAGAACGCUCUCAGGAUGCUCAAGCGAACACAGAGCAAGUAUAUCAGCAAGCUCUGUGAGAUGAUCCGAAAGGGCCUGACCAAGAUCGAGCGAAACAAGCUUGUAGCGCUCAUCACCAUCGAGGUCCACGCGCGUGACGUCCAGGAUCGCAUGAUCGCACAGAAGACGGAGUCGCCAAGCAACUUCAACUGGACUUCCCAACUCCGCUUCGAGUUGAGAGAGAGCCAGGAGGAUGUUGUCAGCGGUCAAGCGGCGGUACCGACCUGCUGGGUGCUGCAGACGAACACCACGGCCCCCUAUGGCUAUGAGUACCAGGGCAACAACGGCCGAUUGGUGGUCACCCCGAUGACGGAUCGAUGCUACAUGACGCUGACGACGGCGAUGCAUCUCAAACGUGGCGGCGCCCCAGCUGGACCUGCGGGAACCGGAAAGACCGAGUCGGUGAAAGACUUGGGUAAGGGCAUGGCCAUGUACGUCAUCGUCUUCAACUGCUCUGACGGCCUGGACUAUAAGUCACUGGGGCGCAUGUUCAGCGGCUUGGCUCAGUGCGGUUGCUGGGGCUGCUUCGAUGAGUUCAACCGAAUCGACGUCUCGGUGCUGUCCGUCGUCGCAGUGCAGAUCAUGACCAUCCAGAACGCGCUGAAGGAGGAGAGGGAGAAGUUCAUGUUCGAGGAGAUCCUCAUCAGCUUGAAGCGCACCUGUGCCGUCUUCAUCACCAUGAACCCCGGCUACGCUGGGCGGUCGGAGCUGCCAGAUAACCUGAAGGCACUGUUCCGACCGGUGGCCAUGAUGGUCCCAGACUUGGCCAUGAUCAUGGAAAUCAUGUUGGUCUCCGAAGGCUUCAAGGACUUCAAGAUGCUAGCGAAGAAGAAGUUCACGCUGUACCAGAUGAUGCUCCAGCAAAUGUCCAAGCAGCACCACUACGACUUCGGUCUCCGUAACAUCAAGUCUGUGCUGGGCUGUGCCGGGGCACUGAAGCGAAAGGCCGACCCGGACACGCCGGAGCAGAUUCUGCUCAUGCGCGCCAUCAACGAUAUGAACGCGCCCAAGUGGGUUUCGCAGGACGUGCCGCUCUACGAAGCGCUCUUGAGCGACAUCUUCCCAGGAACGGCCCUAAACCCUAAACCCUAA